AUGUCCAAGGACUCUGCGGCUUCCUGGUCCGAGCGCAUGUCUGAGCGCACCCCGUUCCCCUUCCCCACUUGGACUCUCUUUGUCACCGAGUUCAAGCUCCGAUUCGUCGAGGAGAACGAGCAAGACCACGCCCUGGCACGACUGGAGACCCAUCUAUAUUAUAUGGGCUCGCGAGAUGUGUUCAAGUACACAGACGAGUAUGACGACCUCCUUGACCUUGCCGGUUAUACCGACAACCUGGUCAAGGUGACCAAAUAUAGGACAGGGCUGGAUCCGAAGAUCAACCAGGCCAUCACCACCUCUGGCAACCCUCCCAGCCUCACCGACUACGCCGAAUGGCGUGUCCGUGCUUUCCGGCAAUACAAUGCGGAAAUUGCUGCCAAGGCAUCUUGGGGGCAUGCUGCCCCUCCCCCUCGGGCACCUCCCAUUGCCCAACGUCCUCGUGCCCCGGUGCUCCCUGCUGUAGCACCGGCUGUUGCCGCCCGCCCGGCGCCGGCCCCUGUUGCCCACCCUGUUCCCAUGGAGGUCGACCGAGCCCGGCUCCGCGGUGAUGUCCGCCGUACCUGCUUCCGCUGCGGCAGUCCGGGACAUCUUGCCCCUGGGAAGUGA